GUACCACCUACAUCCGUAACCCAUUCGCCAAUCACUGCCGGCCAUCCCUCGUCCACUGCUAUUCAGUGGUCUCUUCUUCCGCCAAACAUGAAGAUCAAGACGCUCUCGCGCUCGCUGGAUUCUCAUGCUCCCGCGUCCAUCGGAGCGCCAGCUCCUGUCUCUCGGAAUCUGGACCCGUCCCUGCACCCCUUCUCGCAGGCAAGGGAGUACACAAGAGCCCUCAAUGCCGUCAAGGUCGAGAGGAUGUUCGCCAAGCCCUUUGUGGCAGCAUUGGAGGGUCAUGGAGAUGGAGUGUAUGUAGUGGAGAUGGAUCCGGAGAGGGGCAAUAUCGUGGCCAGUGGCGCAGGAGAUGGAGAGAUCAGGCUGUGGAAUCUACCGACUCGGUCCCUGUUGCAAUCCAUCCCGCGAGCCCACGAUAGCGUCAUCCAGUCCCUUUGCAUCUCCCCCCUGACCUUCUCUCCAUCACCCUCCGGACUUGGCACCAAGAGGUUGCUGAGCUGUGGUACUGAUCGGACGAUCAAGUUGUGGGAUGCCAAUCCCGACAAUGGGCGGAUGGAAGUACCAGAGGAGGGCAAUGACGAAGAUGGGACUCUCGGGUGGCUGAAGGAGAAGGAGGUGGAUCGGACAGAGCCUCUCCUCACAUGGCACUCGAAGACUUCGUUCAACUCUCUCACCCAUCAUGCCAGCUCGCCGAUCUUUGCUUCAUCUUCCAACGUCAUCCAACUGUGGGAUUUGUCCCGCGGACAAUCCUCCUCUUCUUCCUCAUCUACCUCUGCCGCUCUUCAAACACUAAAGUGGGGCUCUACAACGUCUGACGAGGCAGAAGCCAUCAAUGUGGUCAAGUACAAUCAGUCCGAGCCCGAGCUCCUUCUUGCCUCGGGCUCCAGUCGUUCCCUGAACCUCUACGAUACUCGCUCCUCAUCAGCAAUAGGUGGGGUCAAGAUGAAGAUGCGAUCUAACGACCUGGCCUGGAACCCUAUUGAGCCUACCGUCUUUGCAGUGGCAUCAGAGGACCAGAACAUCUACACUUUCGACAUGCGCAACUUGAGUAGUGCCACACAGAUCUACAAGGAUCACGUCUCUGCCGUCAUGAGCGUUUCCUACUCUCCUACAGGUCAAGAGCUGGUGAGCGGUGGCUACGACAGGACUGUGCGCCUGUGGAACGUUGGUAGGGGCAACCACUCGAGGGACGUCUACCACGCUGCUCGGAUGCAGAGGGUCUUCUCUACCAAGUUCACUCUUGAUGCCCGCUUUGUCCUCACGGGCUCCGACGACGGCAAUCUGCGACUUUGGAAGUCGCGAGCAUCCGAGAAGCUCGGCAUCCUCAGCGGUAAAGAGCUCAAGGCCAACGAGUACCGUCAAGCCCUCAAGAAGAAGUACGGUGGCGAAGGACCCGGCUCUUCCAGGAAUGGCGGUGCUGGUAUUGGUGAUAUUGGCAAGAUUAGUAGACAGAGGAGAGUGCCAAAGGCGAUUAGGAGCGCGCAGACAUUGAAGAGGGAGAUGCUCGAAGCAGAGAGGGUCAAGGAGGACAGAAGGAGGAAACAUACCAGAAAGGGAUUGGAGAAGCCAAAGGCGGCUAGGAAGGAUAUGAUCCUUGGCAAGAGGGAGUGAGUGGAGAGGGUCUUUUUUUGCUCGCGUUCUCUCAAUCGUUACGAAGCUAUUUACGACACCCAUGGCGACAAAGACGAAGUAUGGAUGAA